AUGCAUCGUCCAUGGCAUUUAAUUACCUUCGCGGUGUGUUGCUUUUUGGUUUGCAACCUGAAUUCCCUGUAUGUCAAUGCUGAAGCCACCACCCAAAAAGCUGUACCAUUGGCCAAUGAUAAUUCCACUUCGACAACAACCAAACCUGCCACAACGAAAGCGCCAGUCACUACACCAAAGCCAAAAAUAAAAAUUGCCGAAAGUGAUUUAUGCAAAAAGAAAUGUAAAUGUGAUGUGGAAUACUUUCAAAUCGAUUGCAGUGGCAAAUCCAUGUCCACGCUCUUCACCAAAGAUGAAUGGAACACCCUGAUAAAUGGUGAUGUGAUUUUCACGACAAUGAAAUUGAACAACAACAGCAUCAGCCAAAUACCCAUUCUACCUCAAUAUCCUGUGGAGAAUUUAUAUUUAAGCUUUAAUCAAAUUAAUAGCAUCACCCUGGGGGCGUUCCAAAAUUUGACAAAAUUAACCAAAUUGGAUUUAUCGCACAACAACUUAAGGAAGAAAGCUCUACAUCCCGAUGUCUUUAAGGGACAAUAUUCCAAGGAUAAAUAUGAACCUAUAAAUUCGUUGAUUGAAUUGGAUUUGGCACACAAUGAAUUGCAUUCGCUGCAUGCUGAUGUCUUCGAACAUUUGCCAAAUUUGGAGAUAUUGAUUUUGUGUGAAAAUGUUUUCCAAGUUAUUGACACAUCGACAUUGGUGGCAUUGGCCAGUUUGUCGUCGGUGAAGACUCUGGAUAUGUCAUUUAUGGAAUUGACGAAUAUACCAGAAACCAUCUUCCACAGCCCCAAUAAAUUGGAAACAUUAUUGCUGUCGGGUAAUUUAUUACGCCAAGUUCCAGUGGCCUUAAAAUGGUUAAAGAAUCUGAAGAAAUUGGUCUUGGAUGAAAAUCUUUUCGGUGAUUUUGUUCAAGGAAACUUCACUGAAAAUCUUAACACUUUGGAAUAUUUGAGUAUUUCGUUCUUGCCGGAUACCACCAAGAUUGGUCCAGGAGCCCUGAAUGUUUUCACAAAUAUGACAACAUUAAUUGCCGCUGACAAUCCCCAUUUGUCUUCGAUACAUGAAUUGGCCUUUACCAAGAACACAGCAAAUCCAGAAAUUUUUGUCUAUCCACCAUUGAAACAGCUCUAUCUGAACAACAAUAAUCUCUCAGUGGUGGAGCGUAAUUGGUUCCAACGUUGGGAUCAAAUUACCACCUUGGAUUUACGUUUCAACCCGUGGGCUUGUGAUUGCAAUAAUCGUUAUCUCAUCCAUACGCUGAUCAAACAAAUUAAUACCACCUCUGCACCCUUGGCUCCUGAAGUUUUGUGUGCCACACCCGAAGCCUGGAAGGGUAAAUCUCUGCUCCAACUCUCCACCGAUAAUAAACAAUUGAUUUGUGAAAAUACCAAUCAUCCCAGUAAUGAUGGUGUCAUUUUGAUUAGCAUCUUGGUGGGUGUCCUUAUCGGUAUUCCCGUGACAUUGGGUGCCUUGGUGAUUUAUCGUCGCGGUUGCUUUGGCAUUUUGAAUCGUGUCAAUCCGGGUGCGGCACGUUAUAAUCGUGCUACUUUGGCUGAUGAUUUUCAUAUAUAG